AUGGAUUCAACUAUAUCCAUUACCAAGCCUCAACGCCUUCCACACAACUGGAAUGAGCAACUCAACCGUGGGUUGUCUGGGUUAACCUGUAUUCCAAGCGAAGCGGAACUCAGUGGAAGGAAACCAUCCAAAGACGACGACGUAUGGAAGGUUACUUCCAUCGGAUUCGACGAACGAGCACUCGUAGCAGCUAUCAUCCAUGCAUUCAACCUUCCCUCCAGCACGAUCCCCACUAUCACUAUCGGGAUCCGCUCCAGUGGAGCCUUCAACACGGUCUACGAAGCCAAGAUACCACCACCACCACCAACUGCCAGCCUGAACAACUCCGACACGAGCAACGAGAAACCAUUCACCGUCCUCAUCCGCUUCGCCAAAAAGCGUGGACGCCUACUCGGGCGGAUGGAAACUACUACGGCGAUGAUGACGUUCGUGCGGUACCAUGUGGGGCUGCCCGUCCCCAAGGUCUAUGCCUGGUGCGAUGGAACUAGGGAGGACGGCGGCAACCCAGUGAACGCACCUUACAUUAUGAUGGAGGAUGCCCUCGUACCUCAGAACUGGUUGCGAAAAUGGCACGAUUUUGCCCCGAAUGAGGGGUAUUGGCACGACAAACUCCUUAUGGCCGCUCAAGGCCUCGCCAAACUCGGGAAGCCGUUGGAGUGGAAAGGGUUUGGAUCGGUGUACUUUUCCAACACAGCGCACGGAGAAGGGAUGGAGAAGAGAGAGGAUGAUGAGCAACUUCGACGCUUCGACGCGUACCGCCUUGGUCCAUUCAUGCCGGGUCCUAUGACCAUGGUGAGCAAAGACGGGUAUGGAGCUCGCGAGGGGGGUCCGUCUCUAGGCUCCGAGAAGAUGGAUUCUCUGAAGGAGUUCUGGACAGCAUUAUGGCGGAAGGAAGUGGACCUUGUAAAGCGGGAGUGCGGAGACGACGACCUCACGAGGAAGAUAUCAAUAUACGAUGAGGACGAAGAGGGAUCGAUUACAGGCUCCCAGUUUUGGCCUCCAAAUCCAACUCUCGGUGUGUUUCUCGAGACAGCCGAACUCCUCCUCACAUAUAUCGAGGAAUGCAACCUCCCGAACCUCCCCGAGCUCUUCUCGCCGUGCGUCGUCCCCAUGGACUAUGCUCUACGAAACAUGCUCUUCCACCCCGACUCUGAGGAAAUAGUAGCCUUCCUCGAUUGGGACGACGUCGCCAUUCUGCCUUUCAUCCUCUCCACCCGGUAUUUAGCAGAUCUUUGCUCACAUAACAUUACGACGGUGGAAUGGGAAAGCCGUGGUGGGUUUCCAUUCCUCCCAACCGAUGAGGAAGAAAGAUGGAGACCACGGCUGCGCGGGUCGGAAGCGAGUUGGCGGAGCCCGAACCUCCCCGAGCUCUUCUCGCCGUGCGUCGUCCCCAUGGACUAUGCUCUACGAAACAUGCUCUUCCACCCCGACUCUGAGGAAAUAGUAGCCUUCCUCGAUUGGGACGACGUCGCCAUUCUGCCUUUCAUCCUCUCCACCCGGUAUUUAGCAGAUCUUUGCUCACAUAACAUUACGACGGUGGAAUGGGAAAGCCGUGGUGGGUUUCCAUUCCUCCCAACCGAUGAGGAAGAAAGGUAUGCAGGCGAAGCUACCGACAUUUUGAAGACGAGAAUAGCGGGUAGAUCCGACAAGGAUACUCAGAUGGAGACCACGGCUGCGCGGGUCGGAAGCGAGUUGGCGGGAUAUUCAUCAGAGGACGAGUCGAGGAAGGAACUAGUACUUGGGGGUCCACUACAACAGAUCGAAGAUCGAGUGAGGGGAGACGUUCCACCAGGUGACGACGGCCAGAGCGAGUCGCAUAAUGGCUCCGACCAGGAUCACGUCAGCCUCGACAGCAGCGACGAAGAGUCCGAUGUGGAUCGCGAAGAAAUGUUCGAGGAGUACAACCGGCGCCAGCGAGUCGUCAACACCCACUUCCGAAAACAGUACCGGGAGCUGUUGGAGACCCAAGACCCCCGAUUCAAGACUCCUGGAUUUUGGAGUGCUGCGGAGGAUGCUCUGAGGGUUCACUACUUGGUGACCUCAGGACCGAGGGAGUGGGUUUCGAGAUCGGAUUGGCUUCGACGACGAGUUCAGUGUCUCAACGGCUCCGAUAAGUAG